AUGAACAACUCAUUUAUACUGAAAGCAAGUCCUGAUCACAGUUCUGCAACAGUAAUAUCGGGAGAGUCUCAUCUACAACAGCAACAACAACAUCAUCAAAAUGAACUAGAUACAGUAGUUACUGCAGCUCAAUUACAACAACUCAAACAGGGCACAUCUAAUAAGCCAUUACCUACAGAGCAAGAACAAAAAAAUACAAUAUUGACACAACAACAUGUCAGUUCAAGUCAACAACAUCAUACAUUUAUGGAACCAUUAUCACAGUCCUCAUUAGUAAAAAACACUCCAAUCAAAUCUGAGCUGAAACGAAAGAACAAACCAGGGAAGAAAUUUGGUGCCAAGAAGAGGUCUUGGGUAUGGACAUGGUUUGAUCAAGAUCUACACGAUACCAACAUUGCCAAAUGUACAUAUUGCAAUAAGGUAAUUAUAAGAUUUGCAUCAGAUAAAGGGUCACCGAAGAAAUUACUUGAGCAUUUGAAAACUCACAAAAUAAAUAUAAACUCAAUCAAUUUUGCUCGACCAGUACCGAUAGAUGGGACUGGGAUGACUUAUUCUAGUUCUGGCCAGCCGUUAUCACAACCUCUGCAUAAUGGCAUUAAAAAAGAACCAGGAAGUAAUCAAACUCAUACUUCUCAGCUUUCUGACCUAUCAUUACAAUUGGCAAGUAGCAGGGAUACUGACAAUAAAGAAAGCUUAAACGGAACUUCUGGUCCUGGUCAGCCGUUCAACUCAUCCAGGUUUCGUAUAAAUGUGGUUAAAUUUCUUACUGAAAAUAAAUUAUCUAUGGAUGUCUUGAAAUCAAACUCUUUUCGACAAUUGGUCUAUGAUUUGCGGCCAGAAUCAGUUAAUGAUAUACUGGAAGUAACGAGUAUGUAUGAUGCAUUUCUAGAAUGUACUCGAUACAGUCCUGCUGAGCCGGGAAAUACCGACUCUAAUUUAAGAGUUAACGGAAGCAAUACAUGA